AUGACAAACCUCCAGUUUUGGGGUCUUCUUUUCACUUCUUCCUUUCAGAUACGUCAUGACGGAUCAAACAGUUACCGUUUGAUGCAGCUUGGAUGCCUGGAGUCUGUGGCCAACUCGACCGUCGCCUAUUCCUCCUCAUCUCCUCUCACUUACUCUACCACGGGCACCGAGUUCGCCUCCCCGUACUUCUCCACUAACCACCAGUACACCCCACUGCACCACCAGUCCUUCCACUACGAGUUCCAACACAGCCACCCGGCAGUCAACCCCGACGCUUACUCGUUGAACUCUCUCCACCACUCCCAGCAAUAUUACCAGCAGAUCCACCAUGGAGAACCCACUGAUUUUAUCAACCUGCACAAUGCGCGGGCACUCAAGUCCUCCUGCUUGGACGAGCAGAGGAGAGAGCUGGGGUGCUUAGAUGCUUACCGCCGCCACGACCUGUCUCUUAUGAGCCAUGGAUCCCAAUAUGGGAUGCAUCCAGAUCAAAGACUCCUGCCAGGACCAAGCCUCGGGCUUGCAGCCUCGGGAGCAGACGAUUUGCAGAGCUCAGUGGAGGCCCAGUGUGGACUUGUACUCAACGGGCAAGGAGGUGUGAUAAGAAGAGGUGGCACCUGUGUUGUCAACCCCACUGACCUGUUCUGCUCCGUUCCUGGUCGCUUGUCCCUGCUCAGCUCCACUUCCAAGUACAAAGUGACCAUCGCAGAGGUGAAGAGGCGCCUUUCACCACCAGAAUGCCUCAACGCCUCCCUCCUCGGAGGUAUUUUGAGAAGAGCAAAAUCCAAGAACGGAGGACGUUGCUUGCGAGAAAAAUUAGACAGACUUGGACUAAAUUUGCCUGCAGGAAGAAGAAAAGCAGCAAAUGUCACACUCCUGACUUCCCUGGUAGAAGGGGAAGCACUACAUUUGGCCAGAGAUUUCGGCUACACCUGUGAAACAGAGUUCCCUGCCAAGGCAGUAGGAGAGCACAUUGCCAGACAGCACAUGGAACAGAAAGAGCAGACAGCGAGGAAAAAGAUGAUCCUAGCGACGAAACAAAUAUGUAAAGAAUUCCAGGACCUUCUAAGUCAAGACAGAUCACCCCUUGGAUCCUCCAGACCAACUCCAAUAUUAGACCUCGACAUCCAGAGACAUUUAACACAUUUCAGUUUGAUCACUCAUGGUUUUGGAACUCCUGCAAUAUGUGCUGCCCUAAGCACUUUCCAAACUGUUCUCAGUGAAAUGCUGAACUACUUGGAAAAGCACACAUCGCACAAAAACGGAGGAGCGGCGGAAUCCGGCCAAGGACACGCCAACUCGGAGAAAGCCCCCCUGCGGAAAACUUCAGAGGCUGCUGUGAAAGAGGGCAAAACAGAAAAGACAGACUAG